UUUGGCUCCAGUUUCACCAGAAAAAUCAGCGACGAACAACUGAUCGCCAGCUGGCGAUGCUGGCACAUGCACGCGCUGCGAUGGCCACCACUUGUGAUGAUUCCGGCGGAUCUCCCAGGCACUUGGGAUAUCAUGUUCAGACGGAGCUGAUGGAGGAAAAAUGCUGGCAGAAGUAUUCAGACUGCGAAGCUCCAGACUUCUUUGAGGUCUUGGAUUUUGCCCGCGAUGGAGGAUUUGCGGAGGUUCAUGAGCUUUGGAAUGUCAUGAGGUAUGUUGGAGCUGUGCUGGCCAUCGGCAUGAUGAUCAGUAACCUGGCCACGAUUGUCAUCAACGACAGCCACUACUUGAUCUCUUCGGCCCACAUUGAGAGGUCGUCCAGCAAUGUCACGGAUGACGACGCAAGUUAUGUCGCCUCCAUCUCUGAGGACUAUAUGAUUUCUGGGAUGUUGGUGGAUAGUAUCUUUUACAUCGUUUCAGAUGUCACGGGAUUGGAUAUCCAGAUCCGAAGUCCACGAAUUGCCUUAGUUGGUGCGCUGGAAUUGAUCUUGCUGUGUCUGCUGGUCAUGAAGGCCUUCUCGUGCAUCAUGUGGAGUUUGACCACUGACAAUCAGCGGCUGCGCUGGAGCAUGGCCAUGACGCUCUUUUGGGAGGAAUGCCGGUGUGGUCUCCAGUUGCUCCAAGCUUUGCAGCCAUUUGGACACCAAGAUGGAGAAGACCGUGUUGCAUGUCCUGACUCUAUCCAGACGUUGCCAUCAAUCCCUGCUGCAGAAGCGGCCCAUGUUCGAGAGGCCUUCAUUUCUGCACUGAACCACACCGACCUUGUGAUCACUGCUUGUCCAGCAGGUCCAGAUGAUGCGGAUGCCAAGGUGCUGAAAGCAGAGGCGAGCCCGAGCUCCGUGUCCAAGGGUGAUACUGUUCAGUUGCUUUGCGACCUCAAUGUCACCAAAGCAUCUGGCGUUGGUGAGUACAGAGUUGCAGUUCGGGGUCCGGUGAAGGGGGACGUUGGCGAAGGCUUUUUGCUUCCCAAGGGCCUGGAUGUUGGCGCGCAGCAGCUGGGAGUUGAGCUCAAGGUGAAGGACCACACAUCUGGAGAUGAGCCGGUGGUUUGGCAACCAGGAGACUACGAGUUUGACAUUGAGGUUUGUCAGGGCGAAUGUGGAACAGACCUCAGAGAUCCUGAGAGCCAGAGGCUUGCCAAAGAUGAAGCCCGUGGUUUUCCAACCACUUUGCCACCGAUGCCACCACAACCACGCCACACCGUAGAGGAAUCAUCCGACUCAGAUGACGGGACAGACUCUUCCAGUGAAAACAGCAUUGAGGACCUCCGCAUAGAAAUAGCUCAAAAGUCAGCUGCUCGUGCUCGCAAAGGAGCAGUAGAGGAGCCAGCUGACGAAGAAGACUCGCCCGCAGAAUCUGAGGAUGAUAAGAAACUGGCACCAUUGAUCACUGCAACUCGUAUUUGCAGCCGGCGGGAGCUCUCACGUUGCAUCCGCCGUGAGCGGAAGAAGCUUCAGAUCGUUCUUGCAGCAAUGAUCUUUACAGUCCUACUGUUUCUCAUGAGCACCUUGUGGUUUUUGGAGACAAAAGCUCAGAAACCGGAAGCGCGCUACAGAACAGAGGACAUUCCUCAAAAUGCGUGGCUGGCUGCUGGCUGGGGGCUACCACCAGUGGUCCGUGAGCAGCGAGCCAGACCUUUGAAGCCAACUGAGUUUCACUGA